AUGUUGAUGGCGAACACACAAGGCCGCCUAGGACUACACAGAUCCAGGCUUGCCCCUCUGCUGCUCCUCUUGACGACGAUACCGCUCUCCCUCUUCAUCGUCAUCGGCACCCUGUACGUGGUGCAGCCAGAAGUGCUCUGGGGCCCCCAACAUCGGUCAGCAGCUGGCGCGCUCUUGACACAGCAUGAUGCAGUCGAAAAUAAGUCUCCUAAGGCGGUGGGGAGGAAAGCCGAACUAGAGCGUCUGUGGGGGAUUCAGUGGUCCUACUCGGGCAUCUCCACCUUUGCUCACUUGAAGCACGUCAGCUGCUUGACGGAACCCGACACGCCCUUUGAUAUCGGCAUCAUCGGGGCUCCCUUCGACACGGCCGUUUCCUACCGCACCGGCGCCCGUUUCGGGCCGCGAGCCAUCCGCACGGCCUCGGCACGACAGUCUCGCAGCCGGGGCUGGAACCCGCGGGCACACAUCAACCCGUACAAGUCAGGGCUGACGGUGCUCGACUGCGGCGACAUCCCGCUGAUGCCACUCGACAACGGCGUGGCGCUGCGGCAGAUGACACAGGCUAUGACGGAGCUCGGAUCGCGGCCCAGCGCCCGCCGCGGGACGGGACAACAAGGUCCGCCCAGGCUUCUGACCCUGGGGGGCGAUCACAGCGUGGCUCUCGGAGCGCUGCGUGCCCUACGGCAGAUCCACGGGCAGCCGUUGACGGUGGUUCACUUUGACGCUCAUCUCGAUACGUGGAUCCCGCCCGCCAGCGCCGAGCAGUUCCCCUGGUUCUCGGAGCAGGGCCGCUUCAACCACGGCGACGUGUUUACGUUUGCAUGGGACGAGGGUCUCAUCGCCAACGGGAGCUCGGUCCACGUCGGGCUGCGCACCCGGCUCUCUGGGCCCGAGGACAACGACGACGACGCGAGACAGGGGUUUGCACAGAUUGGCGCCGACGAGGUGGACAGCAUCGGCGUCGAGGGCAUCGUCGACAAGGUCAAGGCCAGGGUUGGGCACGGCCCCGUCUACCUCAGCUUCGACAUUGACGUCGUGGACCCGGGCCUCGCGCCGGGGACGGGGACGCCCGAGGUCGGGGGCUUCACCAGCAGGGAGGUUAUCCGGAUGCUGCGCGGGCUCGAAGGGCUAGACGUGGUGGGGGCCGACAUUGUCGAGGUGAAUCCAGCAUAUGACGGGCCCGGCGAGCAGACGGCCCUCGUUGCAGCUCAGGUGGCCUUUGAGAUUUUGACCAACUGGGCCAAGGCGGGCGGCAGCAGCAAGGAAGGUUGA